AGUAUUUUUUGCGGUGCCAAACGUGGUCACACUGGUCACUGAUAGUUAAAAAAAAAUAUAAGCGAACGCGAGCAAAACUUUGUGUAAAAGCAAUGAAAGUGUGACAAAGAAUCAAGUUUAUUUACAAAUCAAAAUACAAGAAAAUUUGCAUUUGCAUGCAUAUAUUACUCGGUGACUGUGAUUUUGGCCUCAAGGCAACGGUAACAAAACAAAAACAUAAACAAAUGUGAGCAAAGAAGUGAAGUCACAAGACGACGAAGACGACGCCAGCAGCACUUGAAGAAUUUGCCGUCGUCGCCCACCCAAAUAAUGGGUACAAAAGAAUCCAAGCAUGCUUGCAUCAGUUACGAGGAUGCAGUCAAACGUGUUAGCGAUGCCGAGCUGAGACGCCUCAAAGAUGCCUUCAAGAAGUCAGCGGGCGUGGGUCGGCUCUACCUCAGUCGAAAUGCAUUCCAGCAGGAUGUGCUGUGCGAGGGAGUGCCGCCUAAGAUCACGGACAUGUUAUAUGCCGCCUGUGGUGGCACACAGCGCGGCAUUUCCUUCAAGGAUCUGCUCUGCGGCUUGGUGCUAAUCACAGGCGGCACUCAGGAGGAGAAAACCAAAUUUCUGUGGAAUUUGUACUGCAAUGAUGCGGGCACGUACAUCAUCAAGUCGGAGUAUGUGCGUAAUGUCAGCUUGGCGCCUUUCGAAAGCGUUUCCCUAUUUGCUCAGAGCGAACGCGCCAACUUUGAGCAAUUUCAGGAUUGGAUAAUCAAGCAUCGUAAUGCCACAGUGUUGUCCAAUUGGCUGCUGGCCGACAACUGUGUCAGCCUUACAUCAGAGCUGGAGACGCCUACGUUUUACCAGAGCUUGGCGGGAGUAACGCAUCUCGAGGAGAAGGAUAUUGGCGACUUGGAGAAAGAGUUUUGGCGUUUGAAGAACACCUCGCAGAAUGGCCAAAUCGAUUUGCAGUUUCUGGGGCCGCUCAUCAGUCCGCCCAUACCAAAGAAUGCACUGGCUGGACUGUUCAAUGCCUUUGACGAGAAUCGCGAUGGCCACAUUGACUUUAAAGAGCUGUGCUGCGGUGUUAGCGCCGCUUGUCGAGGUCCUGGAGUGGAACGCACUCGCUUCUGCUUCAAGAUCUUCGAUGUCGAUCGCGAUGGUGUGCUGAACCACGAAGAGACGCUGCAGAUGAUCAAUGUGCUGCUGUUUGUGGCCAAGGAGAAUCGUGACACACAACAGUACAAGGAACUGACCAAGCAGCAUGUCAUCAACGAUCUACUGGAGUUCGCUCAGCGUCGCAGUCCAGAUGGCGUACCCAGCACGCUUACCCGGGACAAUGUCUCACUGACUGCGGAGGAUUUCAUGCUGUGGAAUGUGCAGUGCGGCUUGAGGCUGAUGCAACCGUUGCUGGACCUCAUCUUUGAGCUCUGUCACAUUGUCUUUGGACUGUGGCCGCAGUGCAAACACAUGGAGUACGACAUUGUGCGCGGUUGGCUGCAACGGGAGGAGAGACGUCCCUAUCGUGUGGGUCAGUUCUGGUAUCUGAUAUCACGCGACUGGUGGCUCAAUUGGAUGCAGUACACACAGCAUACGGCGCACACUUGCGAGUACUGCAAACGCUCGGCCAGUCAGCGGAGCGCCGUUGACGAGGCGCUCGUCUGUGAUGAGAGUUUCAACACCCACAGUCUGGAGCAGCACGACAGCUACUCGCUGGGCUCAGCCUCAGGCAGCAGUGGCAUCUCCGCUGGUCGCCACUGUGGCCAACAGCGACCUGGUCCCAUCGAUAAUAGCAAUCUGAUUACCGUGAAUCAGCAUCGCAAUAUACGCACGCUCACUGGCGAGGGCGGACAUCUGAAACGGGACACGCCGCUUGUGCAGAGUCAUGACUUUGAGCUGGUGCCCAAGUCGCUGUGGAAGGCGCUGAAUCGUUGGUACGGCGACAAUCUGCCGCUGCCACGCCAGGUGAUACAACCACCCAACUCGGAGGUGGAGCUGGAGCUGUAUCCGCUCAAUCUGCGCAUACUGCUGCAUCAAGCGCAGACAGCACCCACAGGCGCUGCUGCUGGUUCGCAGCUGAGUAGCUGGGGCUCCACGACCAGCGGUGGCUAUGGCGUCUUGGCCUCUGGUGGCGGCUAUGCAGCGAUUGCAGCCAGCAGUGUGCUGCAGCCACCCAAGCGUUACUUGGCCUAUACGGCGGCCUUUAGUCGCCUGGCCACGGUGCGUCAGGUGGGCGAGUUUCUGUGCGAUCAGCUGCGUCUCAAACCGGAGGAUAUACGGCUGUGGCAUGUGCCACCAUCGGCGGCCACGCUGGAUAAUAGUGCCAUACUGCUGGAGGAGGAUACCAUGUGCCUGAAGGAGCUGCUCAUACGCGACAACGAUCAGCUGCUGCUCGAGAUACGCAAUAAGGAUCUGACGUGGCCCGAGGAGCUUGGCUCCCUCGCCAGCGCCCAAAGCGUCGGCAGCGGUCCCAACGAUCGCCGUCGCAUGACACGCACCUCCAUCAUGUCCGUGCAUGCCCCGGGUGCCACGGGGCUGCAUAAUCUGGGCAACACGUGCUUCAUGAAUGCUGCACUACAAGUGCUCUUCAAUACACAACCUUUGGCGCAGUAUUUCCACCGUCAAAUGCAUCGCUUUGAGCUGAAUGCGGCCAAUAAGUUGGGCACACGUGGUCAGCUGGCCAUGCGCUAUGCGGAGCUGCUGAAGGAAGUGUGGACGGCCACCACGCGUUCUGUGGCGCCGCUUAAGCUACGCUUCUGUGUGAACAAACAUGCGCCGCAGUUUGCCGGUGGUGGACAACAUGAUUCGCAAGAGUUGCUGGAGUGGUUGCUGGAUGCGCUGCACGAGGAUCUAAAUCGAGUCAUGGAGAAGCCAUAUAGUGAACUAAAGGACUCAAAUGGCAGGCCCGAUAAAAUCGUCGCUGCCGAGGCGUGGUCACAGCAUCAUGCGCGCAAUCAAUCCAUUAUAAUAGAUCUGUUCUACGGCCAGCUCAAGUCGAAAGUCAGUUGUUUGAGUUGUGGCCACGAGUCGGUGCGCUUCGAUCCCUUCAGCCUGCUCAGUCUGCCGCUGCCUGUAGAGAAUUAUGUGUAUCUGGAAGUUCUUGUAAUUCUAUUGGAUGGCAGCGUGCCCAUCAAGUAUGGACUGCGUCUCAACUCGGAGUGCAAAUACGGCGACUUGAAGCAUAAGCUGUCCACGUUGUGCCAGCUACAGCCGAGCUUUAUGCUGGUGUGUGAGCUGUGGAACUCGCAGAUACGUCAGCUGCUGGCGGAUGAGGAUAAGUUGCGCACGCAGAGCGCCAAGGAGCUGUAUGUCUAUCAAUUGCCCGAGCAGAGCAGCACGAGAACACGCUCCAAUUCAGCGCUUAGCAUGCACAUUGAACAGGGUCUCAAGGAUAUACAGCGCAGUUCAGCAGCAUUGAUUACUGCGCAGGAUUCGCUGUCGUCGCUUAGCACGCUGCAGACAUCGAAUCGCACAUCGUCUUCGCGUGCCAUUUGCAAUGGGCAUUUGGGCGACAGUCAGGAGACGGCCGCAGAUGCGGAUCAGGAACAGUUGGCCAAAUACCAAAGCAACCACAUCAACAGCAGCCAAGCUGGCCAAGUGCACGAACUGCAGCCAGAUGAUGCCGGAAAGGUAAGCCGGUGCUUUGGAAAAAGAGAGUGCAUGCCCCACAGUCUUUUUUGCUUCAAGGAGUCGCUGAUCCUCAGCUGCAGUCCAGAGAACAAUUUCAUGGACGAUGCGGCAGCACAGCAGAAACGCAUCUCAUCCACAAAGCUGCUGCACACAGAGAGCAACACCAGUUCACCAUCGUAUACGAAUCACUCGGGUGAGAACUCUAUGGAAAGCUCGCUAACUGAGCCAAUGCCCGUGGCAGAGUUGGCCCUGACGAGUCGUCAUGGCAGUAAUAGUGAUGAGGGCGUGCCCAAUGAGCGCUCCAGUAGCUUGAGUACAGCUCGAGACAGGGAUAUGGACGAUGAUGUAGAGGAUGAUGAUGUUGGAGAUGGAGCUGUUGAAGAGGAAGGCGAAGAACCUGAGCAGCAUAUAACCACCUCACAGCCGGAGAGCACGAGCGGUAAUCAAACGAGCAGCGGCGUCUACUCACGUCGCUCUUCGCAACCCUACAAAGUGGGCAAGUAUCUGGUCGCCGUACAUCGCAAGAUCACACGGCACGACAGCUACUUUCUGUCCUACCACAAGACGCGACCCAGUUUGUUUGGUGUGCCGUUGCUGAUACCCAACUGCGAUGGCGGCACACACAAGGAUCUGUAUUGCGCUGUCUGGCUGCAAGUGAGUCGAUUGCUGAGUCCAUUGCCAGCGACCACCGAACAGGCAAAUCAUGCUGCUGACUGCGACGACAGUCUGGGCUAUGAUUUCCCUUUUACGCUGCGCGCCGUUAAGGCGGAUGGUCUCACCUGCGCUAUUUGUCCCUGGUCGAGUUUUUGUCGCGGCUGUGAAAUUCGUUGCAACAACGAGUACGUGCUUCAGGGUGCGCUGCCACCCAUCAACUCGACGCCCAACAACGCUGCAACACCAAAAAUGAAUGUGAAAUGCCCAUCGUUACCAAAUCUGGAAGCGAAACGUGCACCAGAGUACACGGCAUCGCUUUCUUAUACGCCAACUACAAAAUAUUUUGAAGACUUCACCAUUGCCAUUGACUGGGAUCCAACUGCGCUGCAUUUACGGUACCAAAGCACCUUGGAACGGCUGUGGGUUGAUCACGAGACUAUUUCCAUUUGCCGGCGAGAGCAAGUGGAGCCCGUUGAUUUAAAUCAUUGCCUACGCGCUUUUACCUCCGAGGAGAAACUGGAACAGUGGUAUCACUGCAGCCAUUGCAAGGGUAAAAAGCCCGCUACCAAGAAGCUGCAGAUAUGGAAAUUGCCACCCAUUCUGAUUGUGCAUUUGAAGCGUUUCAAUUGCGUCAACGGCAAGUGGGUGAAGUCACAGAAGGUGGUACACUUUCCGUUCGACGAUUUUGAUCCAACGCCUUAUCUGGCCUCGGUGCCGCAGGAAACAAUACUGCGGCACAAGGAGCUCCUCGAGCUGCAAAAGGAUUUGCCAAGCAAUGAAAUUGUCAGCGAACUGGAUGAAGUCGAUGCCGGCGACAAUGUGGUACCCAAUGAUAAGCCAACGCCAUCAAGCGAAGCACCCGCCAUUGCUGCUGCAAAGGAAACGCCGAUAGCUUCUGGCAAUGUGCUGCGCCAGAGCAAAUCAAGUAAUUCGGCCAGACGGCAACGCCUCAUCUCCACCAGCCUCACAAAGACGCCAAUAGUCGAUGGCGAAUUCGAGGACUACCAUCAGCAUAAGCUCAAAGCGGAUGUUGAUGAGUUCGAUCCCAAGUACAAGCUAUACGCCGUGGUGUCACACUCGGGCAUGCUGAAUGGCGGUCACUACAUUUCCUAUGCAUCCAACACAACUGGUUCCUGGUAUUGUUACAAUGAUAGCUCCUGUCGCGAGAUAUCUCAUAAGCCAAACAUUGAUCCCAGCGCCGCUUAUUUGCUAUUCUAUGAGCGACAGGGUCUUGACUAUGAGCCAUAUUUGCCUAACAUCGAGGGACGCUCGCUGUCCCAAGAUGCCUCGCUUCAACUGGAUGUGGAUGAAACGGAGGGCGAUCUUAAGAAAAUGUGCACAAUAUCGUAAUACAUAUUGUCGACAUUAUUGUAUUUGUAGUAGCAGCUAAACGGGCUAAACUGGCUCAAGGCUAUGAAGGGCUAUUCAUUCGCUUAAAUCUGUUUAGUUUUCUAAUUAGUUUGUGUGAGUUUAUGUGUGCCUGUGUAUGUGUGUGUGAGAGAGUGUGUGCGUAUGUCUGUGUUUUUGUUAUUUACUAUUAUAAGCUUAUUUGCUGUUCUAGCUGCAUAAGUUGGCCCCACAAUAUUUAACGUUUAGGGUGCAGAUUUUUCUUGAUUUGAUUUUGAUUGUUGUGAGCGCUUGUUUGUGAUUUCGUUUAACUUGUGUACCAUAUUAUAUAAAUAUUAUGCAUAAUUUUUAAAUCGUAUGUAAUAAUUCCAAACUUGGCUCGCAUAUAAUUUGUUUUUGUCAGCUAAAAAUACAUUACCAUUAUUAGCUUAUUUAGUUACAUCGGUUUGGCCAAUGUGUAGAGAGCUUGUUUGUUACAUUUGUUCUAUAUUAAUAUUAUUACAUUAUUUUUUUAAUUAUCACUUUAUUUUGUUGUACUUUUGUAAUUUGUAUUAGGCCGUCAGAGCCCCGCUUGUAAUUAAUUACAUUUACUCGUGAAUAUUGUGUAUGUACGCAUAUGCAUACGCGAUAUGCAAAUUCCAUUUAAUUGUAACAAUUGUAAAUAAGAUCGCGUUGCCCAAUUCGCAAUCGAGGUGAAUAUCCAAAUGCCUGUGGACGGCGCCAAAUUGCUCGUCAAAUUGAUAUUAAUUAGCAAUAUAUUUGGAAAGAUGCUACGAAUUUCACAAAUUAGAAAUCCGCACUCUACUCAAAUGGCAUACAAUGAUAUCAGUUCUGAAAUAAUAGUAUUGCGCUUAUAUCGGCAUAAUAAUGUCGUAAUGAUUAUUUGAUAUUUACAAAUUACAAUUAUACAUAAUAUGUAGACAAACGAGUAUAUACACAUACAAAACUUAACUAAUUUAUACUUAAUAUACAUACAUCCAAAACAUAUGCAUGAUAAUUUAACAACAAAUGUUACAAGUAUCAAAUAAAAAAGUCUGUCGCUUGAA